CACACCUCAAAAUCUACAAUGGAAUCCCUCAAGAGGCCCAAGCUGAAGGUUUUGCCCGGGCCCUCACAGUCCCCUGACCUAAACAUCAUUGAAAAUCUGUGGAUAGAUCUCAAAAGAGCAGCGCAUGCAAGACAGCCCAAGAAACUUGUAGAACUGGAAGCCUUUCGCAAGGACGAAUGUGUGAAAAUCCCCCAGGGAGAGUCAAGUUUCACUGAAGAGAGAGAGAGAGAGAUGGAGGGAUGGCCAGCCUCCUGUCACCGUUCCCUUACUCACACUUCCUUUCUUAGAGGCUCUUCGCUGACAUUUAUAACAUCCAUCACCAUCUUCCAUCGAGUCGUCACCUCCUGAUGGCCCUCGGAAUCUGAGAUGUGGACAUUUGUGACAGCGUUGACCAUCAUCUCCGUUGCUCUACCAGGAUUGUGGUGCAGCAAAUGGACAGUGAGCUUCUCAAGGACGGACAUCUGCACCUGGGCCGGGACCACUGUCAUCCUGCCGUGCCGUUACGACUACCCAUCACCGUACAGCGCCACGCGGGUCAUGUGGUUCCACAUCACGGCUGAUGGUAAGCGGGAUUUCGCCUACCACACCGACCCCAACCUGGUCAGUCCAUCCUACAGGGACAGGGUCAAGUAUGUGGGUGGCUACAAGAGGUGCAGCCUGCAGCUCAGCGGCAUCAAGCUGAGCGACGGCGGUCAAUAUCACUUCAGGUUCGAGACGGACCAGCAGCAGGGGAGAUGGACCUCACCGGACUCCAUCAAUCUCUCAGUAACGGAGCUCCAGGUUCAGGUUCAUCCUGCACGCAUCUCCAACAUGUUUGCUUCAGGUGAGACGGUGUUUCUGAGCUGCAUAGCUCGAGGCUGUGCGGCUGCUGGAAAGACCUUCGCUCUCUACAGGAACGGAGUUAACCUGGGCUACUCAGACAAACUGUCGCCCAUCUAUAACUUCGACAGUCAGCAUGCCGGGAUGUACUACUGCAGACCAGUUCCACCACAGAACGUCCAGUCUCCCAGCACCAGCCUGGCUGUGGGAUAUGCUCCACGUCACACUUCGGUGCGGAUGAGUACGCAGGGUCUCCUGACAGAAGGUGACUCCGUGACUCUGACAUGCAGUAGCGAAGGUGCUCCGGCGGUGGAGAGCUUCGCCUGGUUUCGAGAGGGUGAGAGCGGCAGCGUUCCCGACAGCUUCAAACCCGAGCUCAAGCUCUGGAGUUUGGACUACCGAGACUACGGAGAGUACUCCUGUGUGGCCCGCAACGCCAUCGGCACCGACCGCUCCAGACCUGUUCUAGUUAACGUUACCUAUUCUCCCAAGAACACGAAGGCCCUAAUCAACGCCAAAGGUGACAUCAUGGAGGGCCAUGUGGUCAACCUGAUGUGCAUCAGCAACGCGAACCCACCAGUGAAGAGAUACGCCUGGUACAAGGUCAUCGGAGGUCAACCCUGGGUCAAAGGUUCCUCCCAGAAUCUCACCUUCACUAGCGUGCGCUCACACCAUGCUGGGCAGUAUUCCUGCACCGUGUGGAACAGUUUGGGAAUGGGAAUGUCUCCACCGGUCACUCUGUCCGUGCUGUAUGCCCCGAAGAACACAUCAGUUUUGGCGCUUCCGUCCAGCGUGAUCGAGGCAGGCGGCUCCUUGACCCUGACCUGCAGCAGUCAAGCGAACCCAGCGGUGGAGAACUACACCUGGCACCGAAUCAAUGCCGCUGAUGCCUGGGAAACGCGAUCAGGCCAGAGCUACACCAUCGCUGAGGUCAGCACUGGUGCCAGCGGCCAGUACUACUGCAAGGCCCGCAACCGCAUCGGCGUGCACAGCUCCCCAGUCCUUACCGUCAGGGUGCGAGGUCGGCUGAAGGUCAUUGCUCUGGCAUCUGCGGUCGGCGUUUCUGUCGCUCUCAUCACUCUGACGGUCGCCGUCAUGAUCAGUAAGAAUAUGCACAGAGUGGACAGUGAAACACUGGAAAUAGAUAAGCAGCUCGGAUCCCCCAUAGAAGUGGACACGCUUUUUUAUGAAUGUCCUCAACCAACUUUUCAGCCCCAAAGCUCAAAGAUGGCAGACAUUCCAGAGGAACCAGAAGACAUUCAUGACAACAUUCAUCCUUCCAUUGUGCCCCUUAAGGAAGCUGUGGAGAAAACUGAGACGGAUGAGAAAGAUGGCGACGACGGCAAAGUCAAAUACAUCACUGUGCAUUACUCUCGUACACCAAGACGGGACCAAGUGCAAGUCAAAAACCUUCCAAAAGGUGGGGCUGUGAAUGAGCCGAAAGACAACCAAGAUGUUGUUUUCUCCGUCCUGGCCGAACAGUCGUAACUGCUGAAAGUAAACAAAACCCCACGUUGAGUCACCAUGACUAACUACUGUUUCAGUGUUCAAACUGACCUCGUCUACAUAAUUAUCACAAGAUAAUUAAAUCCAAACUGUAAAUAUACUGUGCAUCCUGCCAUGCUAAUGGAACUCACCCAUGUGAGCCAUGUUUGGUUUUACUCGGGCAAAAUCUUACACAAAUAAACAUCAUCUGUCAUUCUACAGAGGUUAUACUCCAUCUGUUUUACUGCCAGAAUGUUUUUGAAGGCACCAGAUUCAGACUCAAGAUUAAUGAUUCAGCGAAUGUUGCACUUACUGUAAUAUCAUGAAUUUUACUGAAAUCUGUUCUGAAUUUAUCAGGAUCCAUGAUGACUGAUGAUUAUUGUGAAAGCAAUGAGAAAACUGACCUGAUUUUAACAUCAUUAUUGAUCACCAUCUUUAUAAAGCUUGCUGUAUUAAUGACUAACAUUGAUUCCACUGAUAUUCCACAUUUCAAUAAAACUACUGUAUGUUGUCCAAAGCAUCACGAUCCAAUGAAUGUACAUGCUCACUGAAUUCUAGAU